AUGGUGCUGUCUUCUACCGCCAAAAAAUGGAAGGAUUUUAAGUCUACCUUAACUAGGCAGUUUAUCCGUCCAUUCGCAAGUGAGAAGAAGUUAAAAGAGCCCUCUCAACUUUAUAACUUCAUAGAGAAAUUGCAAUGGGCUGCCUUUGUAGCUUCAAGGUUAUCCCCAGAUUUUGAGGCUGUGCAUUUUGAGCAGUCACAGAGAAGGGAGAAAUGCAAGUACAACCAUAGGUUGUCUCGAAAAGGCUACGUUGGUUUGGAGGAUCAAUUGGAAGAAACCAUGCUCAGUGAAGAAAUCGAUCGAUCUCUGCUAUGGAAGAAGGCAAGAGAAGAUAAACAGGGAAACAUCCCUGAUCCAAAGGUUACAGAGAAGACAAAAUUAAUCGAUGAUUUGAAAAAACAAGUCUCCGAGGGCACUCUGAUUGUCUCUGGGAGCAACGAUGUUUUGACCUUGGCUUUGGGAACCCUUGAGCAUGGUGGGAGAGUCAGAGGUGCUGGAGUUGGGGGUUUCCCAACUCAAUUCUUCAAUUUGCCGAUAUAG